AUGGCAACCGCAAACGGACAUGAAGACCAAUCAAGAGUGUCUGAUGGCAUAAUAAAUGAAGAGGAGAAAAAGCAUCUAAUCCUGAACGCGUUUGUGAUCACCUCUCCCGGUCAUCUCGCACCAGGCCUUUGGAAGCAUCCCAGAAAUCAGACGACAGAAUACAAGAAGUUGAAGUUCUGGACCGACUUGGCUCAGCGCCUGGACAAGGCAAAUUUUCACGCCCUGUUUGUCGCAGAUGUUUUGGGCGGAUACGAUGUUUACAAGGGACCUGCCAACAUGGCUCCGGCGAUUCCAUCUGGCGCUCAGUUCCCCAUCAAUGAUCCCCUCUAUGCUGUUCCCGCCAUGGCUGCAGUAACCAAAAAUUUGAUCUUUGGAAUCACGGCCAGUACCACGUAUGAUUUGCCAUACGCUCUUGCGCGACGGUUUUCGACGGUUGAUCACUUGGCCGACGGCCGCGUGGCGUGGAAUAUUGUCACCUCGUAUCUGGACAGCGCGGCCCGCAAUAUGGGACUCAAUACCCAAAUAGAACAUGACGAGCGCUACCGGAUUGCAGAUGAAUACAUGGACGUCGUUUACAAGCUCUGGGAAGGAAGCUGGCGUGAUGAUGCGGUUAUAAAUGAUAUCCAAAAAGAUCAGUAUGCAGUCCCGGAACGGGUGCGGCAGAUUCAUCACAAAGGAAAAUACUUCGACGUGCCGGGCCCUCAUUUGUGCGAGCCAUCUCCUCAACGCACUCCGCUUCUUUUCCAGGCUGGUACCUCGAGAUCGGGAAGAGAAUUCGGCGCCAAGCAUGCAGAGGCUAUCUUCAUGGGGGGUCAAGUCCCAGAAAGAGUACGACCCUCCGUCGACGCGAUCCGCGAGCUUGCCAAGGAGAAAUACGGGCGGGAUCCCCGUCACAUCAAGGUGAUUGCAGGAAUGAACAUCAUCGUGGCGGAGACGGACGAAGCCGCGCGUGCGAAACGGGAGGAGUUACUGUCAUACGGUGACAAGGAAGGAGCUCUGGCGCUGUUUGGGGGUUGGACUGGUAUUGAUCUAUCAACAUACUCGGACGAAGAAGACUUCCGUUUCACAGGCCUUCCUGCAAUUCAAUCGAUUGUAAAUGGUUGGGCCAGCACGGUUCCGGGAAGCGAUGACUUGAAGUGGAACAAAUCUAGAAUCGUCGAGUACCUCAUCCUGGGCGGCAUGAACGCGAAGAUCGUGGGCAGCCCCAAAACCGUUGUCGAUGAAUUGGAGCGCUGGGUGGAAGUGGCCGAUGUGGACGGGUUCAACUUGUCCCACGUCACCAAUCCUGGAUCCUUCGAAGACAUCAUUGACUUCGUCAUUCCUGAACUUCAAAAGCGCGGCCUAUUCCGAACUGAGGUAGAGAAAGAGGGAGCCACUGCUCGAGAGGCUUAUCUGGGAUCCAGGUGGCUGCUUGAAGAUCAUCCUGGUAGUAAGUUUCGAUGGCACGCCGAUGAAGAGGUUCCGAGGUACGCAGAAGACUCAGCAGCGUAG